AUGCUAAUUCCAUCAGAUCCUUUGAGGAAUUCAGAAAAAAAAUUCCUCUUAAACUUUGCGAUCAACAAAAAACAUCCAAAGUCCGAGUUCGCACUUGGAAAGAUACGUCAACAACCCGGAGAAACCCUCCAGAGGUACCUCAACCGGUUCAAGGACGCUGCAUUGCAAGUCCCCGAAUUACAAGAAAAUGUCCAUGUACAUCUCAUUGUGGCUGGUUUGGACGGUGCAUCCAGACUAGCCAAGUCGGUCUAUAAGGACCGAGUGAGGACGUUGGAAGAAUUUAGAAAUCGUUCGAAGAAGUACCUCGAACUCGAUCAAAUGGAGAUUGAAAAUGCGCAAUCUAAAGAGGGUAAAAGAAUUAGCCCGAGAAGAAGAGGCUCGACCCCAAAAGGAAAAGAACGAAUCGACAACAAGAAAAAAGAUCCUAGGGCCAGAAUCCCAGAUAACCGAGAUCGUGUUGGAAGGUAUGAAAAAUAUACACCGUUGAAUGUGUCACGCUCUCAAAUCUGGAGAGAAGUGGCAAUGACGGAGAUGAAGAAAGUAGAGAGACCACGACCCAUAUUCGACAGAGGAGGUCUGGACAAGUCCAAAUACUGUGCUUUUCAUGAUGGACCGGGUCACACAACUGAUCAAUGUUGGGAUCUCCGAGAUGCUGUGGAGAAAUUCGUGAGAGAUGGAAGAUUAAGCCAAUAUAUGAUCAAAACUCAAGGCUCCAAAAACAACAAAAGGAAAUCGGGAAAUAGAAAUAGAAGUAAAAGUCUGGUUCCUGAAAAGAAAAAUAAGGAGGAAAGGAACCACAAAGAUGAUUGA